AUGACUCUCUCUAGUCGCUGCAAGACUGUUGUCCUCGGGAUACGUCGCCAGGCCACCGAGGUCAUCAACAUCACCAACACCACCAAUACCGCCGAUACCACCAACGCCACCAAUACCACCAGCACCGAGAUUCUUAAUGAAGGCCUGCGGAAGUCGUUGCUCGUUGGUGCCAAUGUCGUCUAUCGAUGUCAAGUCCAUUACUUUGUCGGAUCUGGAUCUAACCAAGAUCUUUUGGCAGGACCUACCAUUGGGGCGCGUGCUUCACGGAUCAACGGAAAACGCCUCGAAACUAUUCCAAACGGGUUCCGAUUCCAAGUGCUCGCUUUCAAGUUGAAUGAGCUCCAUUCGGAUGUCACCCAGCUCUGGAGAUGCGAUCCCAAGAGUAUCAAGAUCCUCGGGAUUGACUUGGACCAGGAAUUUGUCGUUAGAGCGAGUGCGAUUCUACCCACUCGCGAGCAGCCAAAUGUCGAACAAGUACAAGAGUCUAGUGUUACUACCAUGGAGUCGUCGCUGUCGAGUGUUGAGUCAGAGGAAGAUGAAGAGGCCCUGCACCUGCUCUUCGAUACCGGUGCAUAUAAGUGCUUGCAGUUGCCAGCAUGCUCGCCCUAUACCAUCUAUUGA